AUGGCUCCUCCAUGCUGGGACAUGGAAACUGUGAUCAAGGAAGAGUUGGAACUCUUCGUUAGCCUGAGAAACAAGCACGAGAAGGCAAGCCCUGCUAGUUCCCCUCCAGACACACCGUUCACGGAUGUAGAAUGCGGCCGCUGGGAAGAUGCUCCCAACUCGAAAUGUCACGCAUCGUUUGGCGAUCAGGGAACGACCGCAACUGUCGGCGCCUUCGGACAAUUGAUCCAGUUCAGUGAUCACCUCGAUGCGUGA